CUCUCUGGCAUUUAAGUUUAAACACGACUCUAUAAACUACAGCUAAAUAAAAAAGAGAGAGAGAGAAACAGAAGCUAAUAAAUAGCUUAUUUUUUUCCACAGCUAUCAGUUUCUUUCACUGAACCUUCCGAAAUCUAAGCCUCUAGAAAAUACUAAAUACCUGGAGGUCUUACCUACAAACAUGGACAGAUGUGUGUCUACUCUCAUUUUAGAGAACUGGGAUCUUUUUUUUUUUUUUAAGGAAGGAAUCAACUUUGGCUUUGAGUGUUUGGCAUAGGUACAAUGCCUUAUAAAAGCAGAUGACCGGCUUAGCUACUGAUCAUGCUGAUGACCACUGUCUGGAACUGGAUCGAACUACAGAAAAACAACGAAUGGCUCUCUCUUAUAGAAUGUCUGAACAAAGCACAGUUCCUGAGCACAUUUUGCAGAGGACAUUUGAUCACUUAAUUCCUUCUAACCAUUCUGGAUUACAGACAGAAUCAAUACCAGAGGAAAUGAAACAGAUUGUUGAGGAACAGGGAAAUAAACUGCACUGGGCAGCUCUUCUGAUACUCAUGGUGAUAAUACCCACAAUAGGUGGAAACAUCCUUGUUAUUUUGGCUGUUUCACUGGAGAAAAAGCUGCAAUAUGCUACCAAUUACUUUCUAAUGUCCCUGGCGGUGGCUGAUUUGCUGGUUGGAUUGUUUGUGAUGCCGAUUGCCCUCUUGACAAUAAUGUUUGAAGCUAUGUGGCCCCUCCCACUUGUUCUAUGUCCUGCCUGGUUAUUUCUUGACGUUCUCUUUUCAACUGCAUCCAUCAUGCAUCUCUGUGCCAUUUCAGUGGAUCGUUAUAUAGCCAUCAAAAAGCCAAUCCAGGCCAAUCAAUAUAACUCACGGGCUACAGCAUUCAUCAAGAUAACAGUGGUGUGGUUAAUUUCAACAGGCAUUGCCAUUCCGAUCCCCAUUAAAGGGAUAGAGACUGAUGUGGAUAACCCAAACAACAUCACCUGCAUGCUGACAAAGGAACGAUUCGGCAAUUUCAUGCUCUUUGGCUCACUGGCUGCCUUUUUUAUACCACUUGCGAUCAUGAUUGUCACCUACUUUCUCACUAUCCAUGCUCUACAGAAGAAAGCCUACUUGGUCAAAAACAAGCCACCUCAACACCUAACAUGGCUGACUGUGUCCACAGUUUUCCAAAGGGAUGAAACACCUUGUUCGUCACCUGAAAAGGUGGCAAUGCUGGAUGGUUCUCGCAAGGACAAAACUCUGCCCAACUCAAGUGAUGAAACACUUAUGCGAAGAAUGUCCUCUGUCGGAAAAAAGUCAGUGCAGACCAUUUCCAAUGAACAGAGAGCCUCAAAGGUCCUAGGGAUUGUGUUUUUCCUUUUUUUGCUUAUGUGGUGUCCCUUUUUUAUUACGAAUAUAACUUUAGUUUUGUGUGAUUCCUGCGACCAAACUACUCUCAAAAUGCUCCUGGAGAUAUUUGUGUGGAUAGGCUAUGUUUCCUCAGGGGUGAAUCCUUUGGUCUAUACCCUCUUCAACAAGACAUUUCGGGACGCAUUUGGCCGAUACAUCACCUGCAAUUACCAGGUGACAAAGCCAGUAAAAACUCUUAGAAAAUGCUCCAGUAAGAUUUACUUCAGGAAUCCAAUGGCAGAGAACUCUAAGUUUUUCGUGAAACAUGGAAUUCGAAAUGGGAUUACUCCUGCUAUGUACCAGAGUCCAAUGAGGCUCCGAAGUUCCACCAUUCAGUCUUCAUCAAUCAUUCUACUAGAUACACUUAUCCUCACUGAAAAUGAAGGGGACAAAACUGAAGAGCAAGUCAGUUAUGUAUAGCAGAACAGCAUCGUUUUCAUCUAACAUGAUGAGUGAGAUGAUGAAUGUGAUGCAAAUGUGAUGCAAGAAUCCUCUGAAGAACGACUUUAUGUCAUAUGUCAAAUCAUCUCUUUAACCUAAGAGUUAAGUAUUAAGAUUAUCCAAUUUCUUACUUGGACAAAAUUAUCCCACGAAGAAAAUAAUUUUGUACAGCUACAAAUAAGGACAACCCAGUAGUCUGAUUAAAUGUCAAGCUAUUCAAAUGAAAUAAAAUCAAAUAAAUCAAUAAAUUUUAGGCUUUAA